UGUUGUGGAAUGAAUGUAAGGAUGCGGGGACCCACCAGAUGGAAGAAUUAGACGGCGUUCAACUUCGUGUAGAGCAGUAGCGCCGUGUUUUCUCAUGGCGUUAUGGGCGAACUACUCGACGGCUGGUUCAUCAGGCGGUUCAUGGGAAAGACAGCUGUUGAAAGCGGACAUGGACAGCAUGCCCCAGGACAGCGGGCGCGCAUACGCCCACAUUCAGCACAAGCUGACGCCUUCUAUUGUAGUCUUCUUCCGGCGACACGGCUCCUCCGGGUGGAUAAGCAGGUCAGCGGGCGGGUCUAGAUGUGCCGCACCAAGAAUGGCCAAGGUGACCCAUCAUCUGAUACGCCGAUAGCCAGCUGAAUGUCGCCGAUAAGUCGCUGGGUCACGCCUGCCCGCAUGGGUCAGCAGGCCCUUGAGUACGAAAGAGGCGAAAGCGCCCUGGAUCUCGCGCGAAGAGGGCAGGCGCACCCCGUAUCUCGCUGCGCAGGCGCCCUAAUCGGCGCCGAUUGGCAGUGGCGCGCACUUCCCUCGCGCCGCCCCUGCAACAACUGCGCCCGAGGGUGCUGGGUGCGGCUCGCUGGGGAGGGGGAGAUGCCGCGCGGCGGGCCUGCGUGGGGAGCUAGGCAGGUGGACGGCGCGCUAUCAGGCGAGGAGCCGCGGCGCGUCGGAAAUGAAUCGAUGCGCUGUCCCAAGCGACGGAGAUGGGGCAGGAUAGUAGAGGGCUCGGGGAGGUACGGGUGGCGAGGAAAGAUGGCCCGCAUUGCGCUGUAGUUCCGCAAAGGUCCCGCGGACAAUCAGAGGUAAAAGUGCUUCCGGC